GCAUGUCACCUUAUAUUUUCUUUCACAACUAUCAUUUUUGAUUUAUUUGGAUGCAUUGUUACCUAUUUUCUUUCUGCUAGUGAAUAAGAUUAUGAUGAAACUUCAUGAGUAAAAAUCCGCGAAAAUGAGGUAGUAAUGUUGUCAGUCCGAUACCAACUUCAUGGAGAUUUGUAAAUAUGGUUUUUGAGAAACAUUCAGCUCGAUUAUUGUUGAAAUGUAUUUUAAUUGUUAAUAAAUUCACAAAAACAUUAUACAGAUUCUAUAUUAGAGAAAUAUUUGAUUUCAAAAUUAUUAUUUUUUUGAUUCUGGAGUGCUUUGGAGAAUUUUAUCUUUUCCUCGAAGGUGUUUGGAUGACCGUCUGUUGCCAACUUUGUGUUAGAACUUCUGUGUCCGUUGGUAGUGUGCGGUGUUUUGUUACCGCGAUUUGCAUUUCAAAAUUCUCUCUCAAAUUUGUAUGUGAGCGGUAGGUUUUAAGAUGUCGAAGCCAGAAGAAAGCAUCGAUGGAGGUGAGGGUGAUACUGGUGAGAAUUCCAAUGCAUCAUCCGUCGAUACCGCUUCAUCCCGAGAGAAGGCAGAGGAUUAUGAAGCAAAAGUUGUUACUGACCGUAGCAAAAGAUUUGAGUAUCUUUUGAAGCAAACAGAAAUUUUUACUCAUUUUAUGUCCAAUAGUCAAAGUAACAAAUCUCCAAGCAGUCCUCUUAAAGCGCGACCCGGUCGACCUAGGAAAAAUCCAACUCCACAAGAUCCAAAAGAUUCAACUAGUAAGGAAAUUGGAGAUCAUCGUCAUCGCAAAACAGAACAAGAAGAAGAUGAAGAACUCCUUGCAGAAAGCAAUGCGAAUCAAAAAUCUAUUAUAUCCUUUGACCAGUCACCUCCAUAUAUUAAGAAUGGUGAAAUGAGAGACUACCAGGUGCGUGGGUUAAACUGGAUGAUAUCUCUAUAUGAAAAUGGUAUUAGUGGUAUCUUAGCUGAUGAAAUGGGCUUAGGAAAGACACUUCAAACCAUUUCUCUUCUUGGUUACAUGAAACAUUAUCGAAACAUUCCAGGGCCACACAUUGUAAUAGUGCCCAAAUCAACACUUGCUAAUUGGAUGAGUGAAUUUGAAAAAUGGUGCCCGUCGCUACAUGCCGUAUGCUUAAUUGGUGAGAAAGAUGCAAGAAAUGCUUUUAUACGUGACACUUUAAUGCCAGGGAAGUGGGAUGUGUGCAUUACAUCUUAUGAAAUGGUUAUUAAGGAAAAAAGUGUUUUUAAAAAAUUUAAUUGGCGAUACAUGGUAAUAGAUGAGGCUCACAGAAUUAAAAAUGAAAAGUCUAAGCUUUCGGAAAUUGUGAGGGAGUUCAAGACCACGAACCGCCUUUUAUUAACAGGUACACCUUUACAAAACAAUUUACAUGAACUUUGGUCCUUACUUAAUUUUCUUCUUCCGGAAGUUUUCACAUCAUCAGAAGAUUUUGAUUCUUGGUUUAACACCAACAGCUUCUUGGGUGACAAUUCUCUUGUAGAGAGAUUGCAUGCUGUUCUUCGGCCAUUUCUUUUGAGACGUUUGAAAUCAGAGGUGGAGAAGAGAUUGAAGCCGAAGAAAGAACUGAAAGUAUAUGUUGGACUUAGCAAAAUGCAAAGAGAAUGGUAUACAAAAGUAUUAAUGAAAGAUAUUGAUAUUGUAAAUGGUGCUGGAAAGAUAGAAAAGAUGAGACUGCAGAACAUUCUUAUGCAGUUACGAAAGUGUACCAACCAUCCCUAUUUGUUUGAUGGUGCAGAACCAGGUCCUCCGUACACAACUGAUGAACAUUUGGUGUACAACUGUGGUAAAAUGGUUAUUUUGGAUAAACUUCUGCCCCGGCUUCAGGAACAAGAAUCAAGGGUUUUAAUCUUCAGCCAAAUGACUCGUAUGUUGGAUAUAUUGGAAGAUUACUGCCACUGGAGAGGUUACCAUUAUUGUCGACUUGAUGGCCAAACUCCUCAUGAAGAUCGACAGCGACAAAUUAAUGAAUACAAUGCUCCAGGAAGUGAAAAAUUUAUUUUUAUGUUGUCAACAAGAGCAGGAGGUCUUGGAAUUAAUUUGGCUACAGCUGAUGUUGUUAUAAUAUAUGAUUCAGAUUGGAACCCGCAAAUGGAUUUGCAAGCAAUGGAUCGAGCACAUCGAAUUGGCCAACAAAAGCAAGUCAGAGUUUUUCGCUUCAUUACAGAAAACACUGUGGAAGAAAAGAUAGUUGAAAGAGCAGAAGUAAAACUCAGAUUAGAUAAACUAGUUAUACAACAGGGUCGAUUAGUUGACAGUAAAGUAAGUCAGUUGAACAAGGAUGAAAUGCUGAAUAUGAUUCGUCAUGGUGCCAAUCAUGUGUUCGCUUCAAAGGAUUCAGAAAUAACAGAUGAGGACAUUGACACCAUUUUAAUGAAAGGGGAAGCAAAGACUGAAGAUCUGAAACAGAAGUUAGAAGGUCUUGGAGAAUCAUCUCUUCGCAAUUUUACACUGGACACUGGAAAUACAGACUCAGUGUAUCAGUUCGAAGGUGAGGAUUACAGAGAGAAACAGAAGGUUCUGGGUGUAGGAAACUGGAUUGAACCUCCAAAACGAGAAAGGAAAGCCAAUUAUGCUGUUGAUGCAUACUUCAAAGAGGCUUUGAGAGUAGCAGAACCUAAGGCACCAAAAGCUCCCCGACCACCUAAGCAACCAAUUGUACAAGAUUUUCAGUUCUUUCCACCUCGUUUGUUUGAACUGUUAGAUCAGGAAAUUUAUUACUUCCGAAAAACUGUUGGUUAUAAAGUUCCAAAAAAUCCUGAAUUAGGUGCUGAUGCUUCUCGCAUUCAAAAAGAAGAGCAGCGUAAAAUUGAUGACGCUCAACCAUUAACUGAAGAAGAAAUUUCUGAGAAAGAACAACUGCUAACUCAAGGGUUCACUAACUGGACUAAACGAGACUUUAAUCAAUUUAUCAAAGCAAAUGAAAAAUAUGGACGAGAUGAUAUUGAAAAUAUCGCAAAAGAUGUGGAAGGAAAAACCCCAGAUGAAGUGAUGGAAUAUAGUACUGUUUUCUGGGAACGAUGUCAUGAAUUACAAGAUAUUGAUCGAAUCAUGGCACAGAUUGAUCGUGGUGAAGCAAAAAUACAACGUAGAGCAAGUAUUAAGAAGGCUCUUGAUGCCAAGAUGGCCAUGUAUCGAGCUCCUUUCCAUCAGCUUCGUAUUGCCUAUGGUACUAACAAAGGGAAAAAUUACACCGAAGAAGAAGACAGGUUCCUUGUCUGCAUGUUGCACAAACUUGGCUUUGACAAAGAAAAUGUGUAUGAAGAAUUGAGAGCAUGUGUAAGAUCAUCUCCUCAGUUUAGAUUUGAUUGGUUUCUUAAAUCACGCAAAGCUAUGGAAUUACAGCGUCGCUGCAAUACACUUAUUACUCUCAUAGAACGAGAAAAUCAAGAAUUGGAAGAAAAAGAACGUGCUGAGAAGAAGAAACGUGGACCUCGUGGGAGUAACCCUUCGGGGGGAGCGAUUACUGGUGCAAAUGCAAAUGCAGGGAACAAAAAUGUUCAAAAGCGGAAGAGUGAGAACAUGCUUCUUGAAAACAAACUUUCGUGGAAGAAGAAAAAGAACAAUGAAAAGUGAUACAUGCCUGGUUACUCGAGUGAGUGAGUUGCAGUUUCAGAUGGGUGAAGAGAAGACCAGUUCGUUUUCUUAUGUCUAUUUGAAACAAUUGUUCAAUCAAAAAAUUUACUUUCAACCAUUGUAUUGGUAGUGGUUGUGAUUCUUUGAAAUGUGUUUUAGGUGAUAUUUUAUUUGUUUCUGUAAAUGUCUUGUAUAAUUCUAGUAUCUGUGUGGAAAUGAAAUAUGAUCUGAUGAUAUAAUCUAAUGAUGAAUUGUGUUGAAACAUUAUUUUUGAGAUUCUUCAUUUGGAGAUGUGAAUGUACUUGGUACAAGUACAUUGAAAAUAAUGGAAUGUAUGUAAACAGUUGAAAUAAUGUUGCACAUUGGUUGAAAAGAACUUCACUUUCCUCCUAUCUGAAACUUCUUUAUAAUAGUAUUAUUAGUUUUAUGUAAUUUUGAUUAACGUUCAUGUCUGAAAGACAAAAUUAAGUUUUUUUUAUUUAUUACCUUCUAUUCCUGAUAACAAUGAUGUAUAUUUUCUCUGGUGUGAACUUGACUUGAUACCUUCUAUUUUCUCAGGAAAAUGGACCAGGAGUGCCCAUGACAAAUUGUCUUGAUUAUGUCCAAAUUUCAUAUAUCACAGAAUUGAUAAGUGCAGGUUAUAUUUAGUGAAUGUGUGAAUGCGUGUGUGUGUGCAAUGUAUAUAUGCGCCUUUAUCUGAAGAAUAAACAAGGUUUUCACAUCUUAUUCUCUAGUGAGUGAGGAAGUGCAUUAACAGAAUGUGGUUAGUUAUAGUGAAUGUUUAUAGCGGAAUGAAAUGCACAUAAUUUAUUUCAUGUAAAAGCUCUUGAAAAUCUACUUCUGUCUGACUUCUUAAAAUAAAAUUGGAAAAAUGUGAAAUUGUGUUUCAUUUCAUGAACAUCCUGUCAUUUAUCAGACUUCUAGUUAAUAGUGGUGACUGUGUGAUUUCCAUGUGUUAAAAGAUAUUGGAAAGUGAAAACCUGUAAUUACUGAUAAUUAAAAGCGGUGAGCUCAAACUUUGAUGAAACUUAGUCCAAGAUUUAAAGAGAUGAAUUUCAGAAUUCUGCAGGAGGCUGAUGCAAAUUUAGGUAGUGUUUUGCUACCUGUGAGCAAUAACCUAGAAUCUGUAAUGCUUAAUGUAAGAUUGGUGAAUCUGAAUCAAAAGAACAUGAAGCUGAAGAACAUUCUGCAGCAACAGAAUGCAGCAGUAAAUAGUAUCUGGCAUGAAGACUGUAAAUCUUUGAGUCUGGCGAGGCCUGUCAGUGUGAGCGAGAAUGAAGGAAGGGGGGAAGCUUUGGCGAAGCAGAGGGGAAACGGGGCGUGGUGUGCUCAGCGACAGCGAACAGCUGAUUCCCGCAACCCUACACAGUAUACUUACCCAAGAGAAGACAUUCCCGGCUCGCAAGCGACGCGGCGUUUCGUCAAAUGCGCGUUAAAAGGAACAGUUUGGUUUCGUGUAAUUGCUGGCGAAGCUAAAUGA